GGCUCGGUGGCCGCCGGGCAGCGCCAUGAACCUGGGUGAUGGACUGAAGCUUGAAACUGAAGUGCUGGAUGGAAAGCCUAGGCUAAUUUUAGCUUCUUCUGAUAAAUCAAAGCCUGCCAUGAAGAUGGGUAAUAAAGCCAGAGCACCUAAACAGGCAUUGAGAAUGAAGCACACUGGACUCAUCUUGAGGCCAACACAAAAUGCUUGUAUCAAGCAGGAAAGUUUAACAAAACCAAGGAGUGAAUCAAGCUUAUCAAUGACAAAAGGUGAAAAACUGCAAGUUAAUAAACAUUCCUCACAUGAAACCACAACUAAAGGUUGCUCUUUGAUUUUCCAAAGAGAUAAGACAAACAGAGAUCCUGAUUCAGAGGAUCCUAGUAUUGUGAAAAAAACUAAACACAAACCUCAAGCCCCACAUGUAUCAGCUGAAGACUUAAAAAGUUUGGUGUGUUUAACACAAGCACAGCUUCAACAGAUUUUGAAGAUUGUUAAAGAAGGAAGAAGCAUCUCUGAGACUCAUGAAAAGGAAGAGGAAGUGGCUAUUAAUGAUGCAUCAGAGGAAAAUGUUACACCAUCACUCCAAGAAGAUUGUGAAGUGUCCCCAGUUCCAGAUGAAGCAAACUCUCAUUCAGGCAGAAAACAAGAAGCACAUCCACAGCCAGGACAGAGAGUAAUAAAGGAUUCAUGGAAACCUGCUGACUUGUUUAGUACCUUGGGUGAAAGAGAAAGGGAGAAAGCCUUAUUGGAAUUUAAAAAGACCCAGUGGAAGAAGGAAUUAGAUGAACAGGUAGCACUGAAGAAGAAACUGAAAGAAGCUUUGGAUGGAGAGGUGGGUUAUUUCUGGGCACAACUUGGCAGUAAUAAAACCCAUAAAGUGGAAACUCCUGACCCAGACCAGACAGUGUUUCCAGCUGACUCAGUUCAUGGCACUGAGGAGAACUCUGCCUGUAGAGCUGCUUUAGCCACAGAGGCUGAUGGAGUUGCACUGAAUGUUCCCAGAGCUCCAGCUGGGCAGUCUGCUGAUGUCAGUUCUGACUUUCCAGCUGGCAGCUGCACAGCAUUGGCUUUCAGGGAAGCUGUGCCACAGGAGCGACCUUUCAGUGCUUUGAAGCACGAGCAACAGAAGAAGUGGCUUGAAGAGUUGAACAAGCAGAAGGAAGAAGCUAAACUACAAAAAAUAGAAGAAAAACUUAAUUUAUCAAAGGCAGAAGAGCGUGACAGAUGGGAAAUGCAUUUUGAUUCUUUUAAGAACCACUUUAAUGCUAAUGCACAACACCCCUUAAAUGGAAUGCACAGAAAGCCUGAAAAUCUGUCCCUGUCACCUGACCCCAAGGACCCAACUGCUUUCAUUCACCCUUUGUCACCUGCACCUUUAGGCAACCUCAUGCCCUUACAGAUGGGAACUGCAGAAAAAGCUGCUAAAAAUGGUGCUUUGGAACAAACUCAGAGAGUCAGUUUCCUCCGUUCCAUGACAGCUCUGCUGGACCCUGCACAGAUUGAGGAGAGGGACAGGAGGCGGCAGAAGCAGCUGGAACAUCAGAAAGUAAUAAUGGCUCAGGUGGAAGAAAAACGGAAGAAGAAGCAACUGGAGGAAGAGCAGAGAAAAUGGGAAGAACAGCAGGAAGAACUGCGCCUGGCACGAGAAAAAGCACAACUGCAGAAACAGUUUGAAGAAGAAAUGCUGAAACAGAAACAAAAGGAGGACCUUGCAAUUCUUAAGGCCAAAGAGCUUUACCAGACAGUGGAGAAAGCUCAGGAAUUAGCCCAGGGAUCAAAACAAGAGCAGCACAUUCCAGACUUGGCUCAGAAGGCACAUGACAUUUCAGAACUUCAGAACAGUCUUGGUGGUGGUGAUACAGAGUUUGGAAACUGUAAUUCUGGCAUUUCAGCAGGAAGCACCGAUUUCCCCGAUGGUGUGGGGAGUCCCCCUGAGCAGCAGGCCUCCCCUCGGAAGGACACAGCGGUGCAGACAGAUUGCUUUAAUACUUCAGCGUACACUGAGUCAGCUGAGGAAAGAACUGCAUGCUGUGAAUCACCUGCUAUUUCCAUAGAAUAUAAAGAAACCUCUAACAGCAAAAAAUACCAGAAGGAAAUGCAGUAUAUGGAUAAAAAUAAACUGUCAGGAAAAGAGACUGGCGGUAUUUACAGUGAUCUAUAUGAUCAAUAUGCAAGAAAAGAAAGACACAUUAAAUCUUCAGAAAAAUACAGCAAAAGACCUGACUGGAACAUAAACAAGCCCGGGAAAAGAUACAUUCCAGCCUCAGAAAGGUACCCAAAACCACUGCAGAAACAGAGGGAGGAGAACAAAGUGCGCCGCCAAAUGGAGCUGCUGCAGCUGCUGGAAAGGAACAGCCCCGGGCAGCUCAGCGCCAGGAGGGGGGGACACGCAGCCACGUCUCCCUCACCUCGGCAAGAAACGGCUGUGAGGAGCAAGGGCCACAGAGGCAGAAAGGAAGAAAAAUUUCAUAAGAAUCACUUGAAUGAAGAAAGAUCUGAAUCACCACCCGUUCCAGCAGUUAGGAAGAGAUUACUCCAAGUACAGCAAAGAGAGCUCCAAGCUUCUCAUUUGCUGGUGCAGGAGCAGCACGGUGGAGGAGAGGCCGAGUCCCAGCAGAGGAGCUGCCCCCGUGCCGAGCCCGCCAGGCCGCCCUCGGCUCAGUUCGUGCCCUACGUGCGCACACGGGAGGUUUUCUGCCUUCAGCCACAGACAGCGCUGAGCCAGCACCCGCAGCGCCACGAUUCUUACCAAAUGCCACGACAGAUUUUUAGCUCAGAUCACGUUAGAGAUCCUCUUCUAAAUCCUGAUGUAGUUACAAUCAGAGAGAGACAACAAGCAAUUCUUGAAGGAUUGUCAAAGUUACGGCAGGGCCUCCUGCAGAAGCAGAAGGAGUUGGAGAACACUCUGAUUCCCGUUGUAGCUCAAGAGAACUUCAUGCCACCGUUUUGAGAGGUGCAUAUGAAUGUUCUGAAUUCUUAAUAUGGAAAUGCACAGCACUUUGCUACUGUAAUUAAUUAUGAACCACCUCCAGCUUUUUAAUGAAAAUUAAAUUAUGAGAAUUUUGAUGGACUACAGGGUCAAGUUACUUUUUAUAUUGAAGAUACUUUAAACUCAUGAUGGUUUGUCUGUUUAGAAUGGUUUUCAUGCUACCUGAAGACAAGUAUCCAUUUAAUAUAAAACACCAAAAAUAUGGAAGUAAACUGUUACAUGGGUUUUUGUAGAACUCUGUGUGAAUUUUGAUGAAUAAAAAUAUUAAGAUGUAUUCUGAA